AAAUCGCAAAGGCACGGCAGCCCCCCGUGCGGCUCGCUGCUGCUCCGAUAGAGCCAGCGAACGGCACUACCUCACAAGCUAUUGCCUCCAUCUUCUUCCACACUCUCACAACAUCGAAAAAGCAGGGCUGCCGAGACGAUGAAAUAAAGCCAUGCUGCUCCUCCUGCUCCUCACAUCGACACAAGCGGCCCUCGACGCCGCGCAGCUGGAGAAAUGUGUCAGAGGCGACCGCAGCAGUGGGGACGCCCUGCUCGUCACGGGCCGCGUCGUCCAGCCGCGGCCUUUGCGGCGAGGCAACGUCACCAUCGCACAACCGCCGUCGUCGUUAUGGCGCAUUAGCGGGAAGGGAAGAAGGGGCGCCUGUUGGGCGGCCAUCCGCGCGACGGCGAAGGCCCAAGCUGCUUCCAUUCGUCUAGAAAGCAAUGCGGUGGAAGCGCAAAGCGCCUUGGAGGCCGUCAACGCGCGACCUCCGGGCGCGUCCGUCGUCGUCCAGGUCGAUGGGGGCAACACCGCUGCACAUGUGGUCGCGGGAGAAGCUUGUGAAGAAGCAGCCAAGCGCUUCGCUAAAGUAAGAGGCCUGCCCGACGAAGCCAUUCCAUCCAUAGUGGACGCCCUCGAAGGCGCGCGGCGGUCGGAGGUCUAUUCCGUGGCGCAAGUCGCCGAUGAAGCAGAAAAAGCACUGUUAACAAAUGGCUCCCAGGCCUGCGAGCGCGCGUCCUGGAAGCCGGACGCUCUGGCGGCGUUUCUGCGGUUGUCAGCUGUGGCCGUGCGCGCUAGAAGGACGAAGGUCGACGCCCGCGUAGUGUCCGGAAGUUUACGCGCGCUUCGUCUACUCCAGUCGUCACCCUUGUCAAAUUGGGCUCUUGCUAGAAGACGGGCUUAUCACACCUUCCAGACCCUGAAGAAGGCUACGCUCGAGAAUGACCUCGCGCCGUCGGAACGAGAAGCGGCUCGACACGCGUACGAACGCGCGAACGUUACGGGCGCGUUGCGACGGCGCGACAAGGCCGAGCAGCAGGUCGCCAUCUGCGAGGAACGCCUCAAAGAAGCGAGGAAGGGUAGCGACGCCAUCGCACCGGCCAUCGCGCAACAUAAGGCUCGUGAAGAGGCUUUGCUGGCCACUUUAGCACAGACGCGCCGCGAGAACGAGGAGGCCGAUCGGUCCGUAAGGUCGCAUCUACGAGAUACGGUGAGCGGGCUCUGUGAUGCUACUUUGAAGCGACCGCAUUUGCGCUGCGAUAACGAGGACCGGAAGUGGUUGGAUGCUGUGUGGAAAUCAAAGUUUUACGGCGCGUUCGUCCUCCACGCCAUCGACGCGACGCCUGCUCGAUGGCGUGGCGAUGCCGGUUCCUCACCGCUCGACAGAGCCAGCACGUGCACCCGUCGCACUGGUUGAUUGCCACACAGGUUGGACGAACAGCUCGGCUUGCUGGGCAGCGCCUUCCUGAAAGAAGAACCGUUUCAACACAAGGCCGACGUCGCUCGAGAAGACUGGGAGGAGGCCGUGAGCGGUUCCAAGACGCUGGAGUUGAGAUUCAAGAAGUUGCCUCGGUUGGCUCGCAAGGAGACCUACGCCCAUAAAACCCUGAUCGCGCCCUUCGUGUACGGGAAAGCGCAUCACGUCACGUCGAAUGCCACGAAGAAGGAGCGGGAAGCGCUACAAAGAGCUCUUACGUUGUUGGGGAAGGAUCUGACGUCGUCUCAUACCGAGCUGCGGUCGAAGGACAACAGAGUGAAAGAAGCGGCCAAAGCCGUCGAUGCGCUCCUAAGGAGGGCCCAGACGAAAGCGGGGCAGUACAUCUCGCGCUUUGGGGUGGUCCACUGGGCUUCACUGAGAUACGACUCGCCGGCCCAUGAGCUCAUGGUUUUGAGAGCGUUUGAGGGCUGUCGCGUGAAACAGGACGACGUUCGUAUAGUGAGACCGGCGAACUGGACCUUUGAGAGGAUUGAACUGAUGUGCCCGCCCUGGUCGUUACUGCGGUAUGAGUUGAAAGCGCGGGUCGCCGAGCUACGAGCUAAGUAUGAUGCCGCGUCCGACCGGUUGGAACAUGUCAGAGACACCUGGCUCCCGGCGGCCCAGAAAGUAGAAAAUUCAUCUAGAGACGCGGAUGAGGGUAUCAGGGAAGGCUAUGCUCGAGCAAGACUAGAAGAUUUAGCUACAGUGAUGUCCGAGGUCGGUGCCACCGCCAAAAGUGUGGAAAAUGACCCCCUGAACAAUAUUUCGACGAAUGCGACCAUCAAUACGUAUUCGGAGAUCCUUAAAAGCGACGGGAAUGGCUCAAAAGCGGACGCCUUUCGCACGUCGGCGCAGCUGCUCAUGGCGCAGGCGACUGACAAAUUGGAUGCUGAGUAUCGUAGAGCCGCGGAGCUAGCGUCGUUGGACGCCGUCGUCGCGUCGCGGAACACUACUGCAGCUAGAAGGGGCGCUCUUCUCGCGGAUUCGAAGGGCUACGCUUUGCACCGGCCCUCGGAGGAGAAGCUGAGGGACCUCAAUUCAGCGGAGUCUGCCCUACAUAGUGCGCAGAAGGAAUUGGACACGGCUUCUGAAAUACUUGAGGAAGCCUUAGCGGCGGCGGCCGUCGUGCAAGUGAGCGCGCCGGCCCUGGAACGAGAGGACAUCGAAACGUUACAACAGCGUUAUGAUGACGCCGUCAGGGAGGACCGCGAGGCGAACGAGUUGUUGAAUGCGUUGGACCCUUCUAACACAAUGGCGUCGAUUGCCUCUUCGGCUCGAAAUGCUGCUGAUCAAUUGGUUCUCUCUUUAUCACACCGCGUCGAGCGCGACGCCGUCGACGCCGUGCUGCAAGCUCGUAAGUUAUCGGAACAACUCAGAGAACCAGGCAAGAGGCCGUCGCUGCACUGUCCGUCCGAACUACCCCCCAGACAAGGCGUGGAGGCGCGACUCGUGGAAGUAGACAGUGUAGUGGUGCUGCCGCCCGCCGGACCGGGCGGGGAAGCGAGGUGGGUCGCGUACGUCCCCUGUUCCGUUGAUUACGACUAUAAGUCGUGGUUUGGCCUCGCGCAAGGCUUCGCCAUGGGUUUAGCCGUGCUGAACGGGCGGACGCACGUCGCCUUUGGCGAGUCCGAAGGUGGCUCAUUGUGGCCCGGGCGAACGGUCGAUUUCUCUGAAGCGGAAGGUGCGUGGUUGCAUCGCCGGGUCGCUACGGAAUUCGUCGAGACGGCGCCCGAGCUCAUCGUGUCGCUACCGGUGCACGUGAACGGCAGGGAAUACUUCCUGGACGUUUUUAGUGGAGAAGACCAUCGAUUGAAGAUCGCGGAGUUCUGUAAGGUGCACAUGGGCGAUUCAUCUUGCAUCAAUUCAUUGACGGCGCGGUUCCUGGACGAGGCGGACCCGGACUCUUCUCGAAGGGAGGCCGACCGCGUCGCCGCCGAGGAAGCGGCACGCCUCGCUCGCGAGGAGGCCGAACGUUUGGAAGCGGCUCGUGAGGCCGAGCGGCUGGAGGCCGAACGCGCGGAGGCGGAACGGAUCGAGAUCCAGCGACUGGAGGCGGCGCGCGCCGAGGCGGACCGUGCCGCGGCCGCCACGCGGAAGGUUUUAGUUUCGCUGCCGAUCGCGGUGGGGGACGCCGAGCAUACUCUGGAGGUCCUCGAGGGCGAGGACCCGAUGCAGAAGCUCUUCGAGUUUUGUGGGAGACACAUGGGCACCGAAGCCGCGGCCUGUGUCGAGCAAUUGACGCAGCACGUCGUCGUCGCCGGUGGGGGAGCCGAGCCGGAGCCGGAGAAGCCUCAACCGCCCAAGGGUGUCCUCGUGUCCUUGCCCAUCAAGGUCGAUGACAACCGGGAAUUUACUUUCACGCUGCUCGAGGGCGAGGACGCGAUGGCGAAGGUCCAAGCGUUUUGUCAAGCGCACAUGGUGAGCGACGCGUCCUCGUGCGUCGAGCAGCUGGGGCCAGCCGUCGUCGCCCAGGCCGCCCAAGCCGGCGCUGCGGCCCCCGAGCCUGAACCGGCCAAGCUUCUCGUGUCGUUACCGAUCCGCCUCGACGACGGGCGCGAGUUCAUCUUUACGCUCUUGGAAGGCGAAGACCCGCUGCAGAAGAUCGUGGCGUUCUGUUCCGCGUCGAUGGGCGGCGACGCGUCCUGUAUCGAACAAUUGAAGCAGCAUGUCAUGGGACCCGAGCCGGAGCCGGCGCGACCCCUCCUAUCGCUCCCGAUACGGGUCGACGACGGAAGGGAGAUCGCCUUCGAGCUCUACGAGGGCGAGGACCCCGUGCAAAAACUCAAGGCGUUCUGCCAGCACUACAUGGGCGCCGACGCCACGUCGUGCAUCAAGCAGAUGACUCCCCACGUGAAUGUCUAAG